AUGCGGCCUUUGACUGAAGAGGAGACCCGUGUCAUGUUUGAGAAGAUUGUGAAAUACAUCAGGGAGAAUCUUCAGCUGCUGCUGGACCGGCCCGACCGCACCUACUGUUUCUGGCUGCACGACGACCGGGUGUACUAUGUGAGUGAGAAGAUUGUGAAGCUGGAUGCCAAUAUCUCUGGGGACAAGCUGGUGUCACUGGGGACCUGCUUCGGAAAAGUCACUAAGACCAACGUCCCAGCCCUGAAUUACCUUGCACCUUAUGCCAAGUAUAAAGUGUGGAUAAAGCAUGGUGCAGAGCAGUCCUUCCUCUAUGGGAACCAUGUGUUGAAAUAUGGUCUGGGUCAAAUCACCGAAAAUACUUCUCAGUACCAGGGAGUGGUGGUGUACUCCAUGGCAGACAUCCCUUUGGGUUUUGGGGUGGCAGCAAAAUCUACACAAGACUGCAGAAAAGUAGACCCCAUGGCGAUUGUGGUACUUCAUCAAGCAGACAUUGGGGAAUAUGCGUGGCAUGAAGAGACAUUGACUUAA